GUGAGGAGCAAACGCGAGCGCAGCAGAUCACGCGCGGCACACCCACACCACGCCACCCUGUCGCCUCAGCGUCGGCCCCCCUAUAUAUACCACCACCGCUUCCCCCCCCUCCCCUCCCCGCCUCAGCCUCCGCUUCCCUCGUCCCGGACGCAUCCGCCGCGCCAAUGCGACACCGCUUGCCACUGCCACCGGAGCUCCCCGCCGCCGGGGGCGAGAUCCAGGCAGCGCUGAUUCCCGCCGCCGCGCCGGCCACAGGGCCCGCCGUCUCCGCUUCAUCCGCCGCCGGCAGAGGAGGAGGCGGGGGCUCCUUCACGGCGCUGCUGGGGCUCCCCACCUCCCAGGCCAUGGAGCUGCUCCUCCCCCGCGCGGCGGCGGCGCCGCCCGCUCCCGCUCCCGCACCCGCGCCCGCGCCCACCUUCCCUUCCGACCCGCACCUCGUGGACCGCGCCGCGCGCUUCUCCGCGUUCGCGUCCCCGUCCCCGUCCUCCCCGUCCCCAACCCCGCCUCCGCCCCCGCCCCCGGCCCCUCCCGCCGCCGCCGCCGCCGCUAACGCCGGCAAGCGCAAGGCCGACCAACCCGCCGACCGCGCCUCCAAGGGGAAGUCAGCGAAGAAGGGGAAGACGGCGGAGGAGAAGCCCGCGGGCGGCGACGGCGAGGACGAGAAGCCGGCGUACGUGCACGUGCGGGCCAGGCGGGGCCAGGCCACGGAUAGCCACAGCCUCGCCGAGCGGGCGAGACGCGAGAAGAUCAAUGCGAGGAUGGAGCUGCUCAAGGAGCUGGUCCCCGGCUGCAGCAAGGUAUCAGGAACAGCGCUGGUGCUGGAUGAGAUCAUUAAUCAUGUUCAGUCUCUCCAAAGGCAAGUUGAGUACUUGUCAAUGAGGCUCGCAGCUGUAAACCCAAGGGUCGACUUUGGUGGGCUAGACAGCUUUCUGACCACAGAGUGUGGAAGAAUAGCAGGCUUGAACUGCAAGAAUGGAAUCGACUUGGAGCAGGUCACCUGGCCAGAAAUGGGUGUUCAUGGAGCAAGGCAUCUGAUGCAACUUCAACAGCAGUUCUGGCAUGGUGAUUUAGCGCAUCCACACCAAGCGCCAUCACAGUGGGAAAAGCGAGGGGAUGGACAUCCUCCCGUCUUUAGCAGCUCCAGCCCUUCUCUCUUCGGCUACGAUCUAACAAGCUCUGGAGCACAACAACCCCCGGCGAGCAAGCUAAAGACAGAGCUGUGAGCUUGUGAGCGGCAGCGGUAGAUAGCAUGUCAGGAGAGCAAGCUGAACAUAUGCGGUGGGCGACGGAAUUUCAGUUGAUCAAGCUACACACUAGCUGCGAAUCUAUGACGGCUGCGGCCGUGCAUGGCGAUGUCAAGCGGAGCGGAAUCAACAUUUUGAGAUUGGAUGUACAUAUAGAGAUAGAGAUACUGUUGCUACUGAGCUAAAAAACGAGGAUGGGAUCUUGGAUGAGCGAGGAUACCCCGCUUUCCUGCUGCUAUCGUUGUAGAGAUGGGCGAGCGAUAUACCCUGGUCUGUUGCUGAAUGCCGAUGCAUUCUUGGUGUAUUUGUCUUAAGGUUAUAUGAGCAGCAUUAUUUGAUGAACGACAAACAUUAUGGGCCCUAUACCCUUUCAACCAAUGCAAAAGUUUGUCAACCCUUUUUUUUCG